CUGCGGGCGGGGACGCGGCCCGCGCAGUUGGCGAAGUUGGGCGGAACAUGGCGGAGGAGCCCGGGGCGCGCAGGAGCGCGCGGCGGCGCCCGGAGUCCCAGGGGCUGUAGCCGCUGCAGUCGCUUCGCCGCCGGCUCCGCGGGGCGAGGUCGCCGCAAUGGCGCGCUGGAUCCCGACCAAGAGGCAGAAGUACGGGGUUGUGAUCUAUAACUACAGUGCUUCUCAAGAUGUGGAGCUCUCCCUGCAGAUUGGUGACACGGUGCACAUCCUGGAGAUGUACGAAGGUUGGUACAGAGGAUAUUCCCUCCAGAAUAAAUCCAAAAAGGGCAUUUUCCCCGAAACAUACAUCCAUUUGAAAGAGGCCACUGUGGAAGACCGAGGGCAGCAUGAGACGGUGAUUCCUGGCGAGCUCCCGCUGGUGCAGGAGCUCACAUGCACUCUUCGAGAAUGGGCGGUCAUCUGGCGCAAGCUCUACGUGAACAACAAGGUCGCGCUCUUCCGCCAGCUGCAGCAGAUGACCUACAGCCUGGUUGAGUGGCGCUCCCAGAUCCUGUCCGGAACGCUGCCCAAGGAUGAGCUGGCGGAGCUCAAGAAGAAAGUGACAGCCAAAAUCGACCAUGGGAACAGAAUGCUCGGGUUAGAUCUGGUAGUGCGAGAUGACAAUGGGAACAUCUUAGACCCAGAUGAGACCAGCACCAUCGCCCUCUUUAAGGCUCAUGAAGUGGCCUCCAAAAGGAUUGAGGAAAAGAUCCAAGAAGAAAAGUCCCUUCUGCAGAACCUUGACCUGCGGACCCAGGCCAUCUUCAGUGGCGCGCACACCUAUGGCCUCUACGUGAACUUCAAGAACUUUGUCUGCAAUAUUGGGGAGGACGCAGAGCUGUUCAUGGCCCUCUAUGACCCAGACCAGUCCACUUUCAUCAGCGAGAACUAUCUGAUCCGCUGGGGCAGCAAUGGGAUGCCCAAGGAGAUAGAGAAGCUCAAUAACCUGCAAGCCGUGUUCACUGACCUCAGCAGCACGGACCUCAUCCGGCCCCGCAUCAGCCUCGUGUGCCAGAUUGUCCGCGUGGGCCGCAUGGAGCUGAAGGAGGGCAGGAAGCACACCUGCGGGCUCCGGAGACCUUUCGGAGUUGCAGUAGCUGGGGUUACAGAUGUAGCACACAGCAGUGCGCACACUUUUUCUCUUCACUUCUCCUUUCCUCUUCCCAGAAUUGCAAUGGAGACCUACAUCCGGCAGAGACAGCUCCUCAUGGCGCCCCUGAUAACAUCGAAUGUGAUUGGAGAAAAUGAGCCACUCACGUCAGUCUUGAAUAAAGUGAUAGCAACAAAGGAAGUGAAUCACAAAGGACAAGGGCUUUGGGUGUCCUUGAAGCUACUGCCUGGUGACCUCACGCAAGUUCAGAAGAAUUUUUCGCACUUGAUUGACAGAUCAACAGCAAUAGCUCGAAAAAUGGGCUUUCCUGAAAUCAUACUGCCAGGGGACGUUCGGAAUGACAUUUAUGUCACCCUGAUCCAUGGCGAGUUUGACAAAGGGAAGAAGAAGACUCCCAAGAAUGUGGAGGUCACCAUGUCUGUGUUUGAUGAGGACGGCAACCUCUUGGAGAAAGCCAUUCACCCUGGUGCCGGCUACGAGGGCCUGUCCGAGUACAAAUCAGUUGUCUACUACCAAGUCAAGCAGCCCUGUUGGUAUGAGACCAUCAAGGUGUUCAUUGCAAUAGAGGACGUCACUCGUUGCCACAUACGAUUUACCUUCCGACACAGGUCAUCUCAGGAAUCCAGAGAUAAAUCAGAGCGACCUUUUGGGGUGGCCUUUGUGAAACUGAUGAACCCUGACGGAACCACGCUACGGGACGGGAGGCACGACCUGGUGGUGUAUAAGGGUGACAACAAGAAAAUGGAAGAUGCUAAAUUCUACCUGACGCUGCCAGGGACCAAGAUGGAGAUGGAAGAAAAGGAGCUCCAGGCAUCCAAGAGCCAGGCCACCUUUACCCCCAGCAAGGACAGCACGAAGGACAGUUUCCAGAUCGCCACCCUCAUUUGUUCCACGAAGCUCACCCAGAAUGUGGACCUCUUGGGAUUGUUAAAUUGGCGUUCCAACUCCCAGAACAUUAAACACAACCUGAAGAAGCUCAUGGAGGUGGAUGGAGGGGAGAUUGUAAAGUUUCUGCAAGAUACACUUGAUGCACUUUUUAAUAUCAUGAUGGAAAUGUCAGACAACUCAACGUACGACUUCCUUGUGUUCGAUGCCUUGGUAUUUAUUAUUUCACUGAUAGGAGACAUCAAGUUCCAGCAUUUCAAUCCUGUUCUUGAAACUUACAUUUACAAGCACUUCAGUGCCACUUUGGCGUAUGUGAAACUCUCCAAGGUACUGAACUUUUAUGUGGCUAAUGCGGAUGACUCCACUAAGACAGAGCUGCUUUUUGCUGCUUUGAAAGCCUUGAAGUACUUGUUCCGGUUCAUCAUCCAGUCUCGAGUGCUGUACCUGAGAUUUUAUGGCCAGAGUGAAGAUGGAGAUGAAUUCAAUAACUCCAUCCGCCAGUUGUUUCUCUCCUUCAACAUGUUGAUGGACAGGCCCCUGGAGGAAGCUGUCAAGAUCAAGGGGGCAGCUUUGAAGUACCUCCCCAGCAUAAUUAACGAUGUCAAACUCGUGUUCGAUCCCGUUGAGCUCAGCGUGCUCUUCUGCAAGUUCAUCCAGAGCAUCCCAGACAAUCAGUUAGUGCGGCAGAAGCUUAGCUGCAUGACCAAGAUAGUAGAGAGCAGCCUUUUCCAGCAGUCGGAGUGCAGAGAGGUGCUGCUGCCACUGCUCACAGACCAGCUCAGCGGUCAGCUGGACGACCACUCGAGCAAGCCUGACCAUGAGGCCAGCUCGCAGCUUCUCAGCAGCAUCCUGGAGGUGCUGGACAGGAAGGAUGUGGGCCCCACGGCAGCGCACAUCCAGCUGAUCAUGGAGCGACUGCUAAGAAGGAUCAACCGCACGGUGAUAGGGAUGAGCCGGCAGUCCCCCCACAUUGGCAGCUUUGUGGCCUGCAUGAUUGCUGUCCUGCGGCAGAUGGACGACAGCCACUACAGCCACUACAUCAGCACUUUCAAGACCAGGCAGGAUGUCAUCGACUUCCUCAUGGAGACAUUUAUCAUGUUUAAGGAUCUGAUUGGGAAGAACGUCUACGCCAAAGACUGGAUGGUCAUGAACAUGACGCAGAGCAGGGUUUUUCUCCGUGCCGUCAACCAGUUUGCUGAGGUUCUCACAAGAUCCUUCAUGGACCAGGCAAGCUUUGAACUUCAGCUCUGGAACAAUUACUUCCAUUUGGCAGUAGCAUUUCUCACCCAUGAGUCCCUUCAGCUCGAAACCUUCUCCCAAGCCAAACGCAACAAAAUUGUGAAAAAAUACGGGGACAUGAGAAAGGAAAUCGGCUUUAGGAUCCGGGACAUGUGGUAUAACCUGGGUCCCCACAAAAUCAAGUUCAUCCCAUCCAUGGUGGGUCCUAUUCUGGAGGUCACUCUGACCCCAGAAGUAGAGCUCCGGAAAGCCACCAUCCCCAUUUUCUUUGACAUGAUGCAGUGUGAGUUCAAUUUCAGUGGAAAUGGCAACUUCCAUAUGUUUGAAAAUGAGUUGAUCACAAAGCUGGACCAGGAGGUGGAAGGAGGCCGAGGAGAUGAGCAGUACAAGGUUCUUCUGGAGAAGCUGCUUCUAGAACAUUGCCGGAAACAUAAGUACCUCUCUGGCUCCGGGGAAGUCUUUGCCUUCCUGGUCAGCAGCCUCUUGGAGCACCUGUUGGACUACAGAACCAUCAUCAUGCAGGACGAGAGCAAAGAGAACCGCAUGAGCUGCACCGUGAAUGUGCUGAAUUUUUAUAAAGAAAAGAAGCGAGAAGACAUAUACAUCAGGUACCUGUACAAGCUUCGAGAUCUGCACCGAGACUGCGAGAACUACACGGAAGCUGCCUAUACUCUUCUCUUACAUGCAGAGCUUCUGCAGUGGUCCGACAAGCCCUGUAUGCCCCAUUUGCUUCAGAGGGACACGUACUAUGUUUACACCCAGCAAGAGCUGAAAGAGAAAUUAUACCAAGAAAUCAUAUCAUAUUUUGACAAAGGCAAAAUGUGGGAGAAGGCCAUCAAACUGAGCAAGGAGCUGGCUGAGACCUACGAGAGCAAGGUAUUCGACUACGAGGGCCUCGGCAGCCUGCUGAAAAAAAGAGCCUCAUUUUAUGAGAACAUCAUUAAGGCCAUGAGGCCUCAGCCAGAAUACUUCGCCGUGGGAUACUAUGGACAGGGCUUUCCUUCUUUCCUGCGGAAUAAAAUCUUCAUCUACCGGGGAAAGGAGUAUGAACGGCGAGAGGACUUCAGCCUGCGGUUGCUGACUCAGUUCCCCAGUGCCGAGAAGAUGACCAGUACCACACCCCCUGGGGAAGACAUCAAGACGUCCCCGAAGCAGUACCUGCAGUGCUUCACUGUGAAGCCCGUGAUGAGCCUGCCCCCCAGCUACAAGGACAAGCCAGUGCCCGAGCAGAUCUUGAACUACUACAGGGCCAACGAAGUGCAGCAGUUCAGCUACUCCCGGCCAUUCCGGAAGGGAGAAAAGGAUCCAGACAACGAAUUUGCUAACAUGUGGAUUGAACGGACCAUGUUUACGACGGCCUAUAGCUUUCCUGGGAUUCUCAAGUGGUUCGAAGUCAAACAGAUUUCAACAGAGGAGAUCAGCCCUUUGGAGAAUGCCAUCGAGACCAUGGAGCUGACCAAUGAGCGCAUCAGCAACUGCGUGCAACAGCACGCCUGGGACCGUUCCCUGUCCGUGCAUCCCCUCUCCAUGCUGCUCAGCGGCAUUGUGGACCCAGCUGUCAUGGGGGGGUUCUCCAACUACGAAAAGGCUUUCUUUACAGAAAAGUAUCUACAAGAGCAUCCCGAGGACCAAGAGAAGGUGGAGCUACUGAAGAGGCUGAUAGCCUUACAGAUGCCUCUGCUCACGGAAGGGAUCCGAAUCCACGGGGAGAAGCUGACCGAGCAGCUCAGGCCCCUACAUGACCGCUUGUCUCUGUGCUUCCGGGAACUCAAGGAGAAAGUAGAAAAGCUCUACGGGGUCAUCACAUUGCCGCCCAACUUUCCCGAGAAGAAGCAGAGCAGCACAGGGUCCCUGGUGCUGCCCUACAUCAUGUCCUCUACGCUGCGGAGGUUGUCCGUGACCUCGGUGACUUCCUCGGUGGCUUCCACCUCCUCCAACUCGUCUGACAAUGCUCCUUCUAGGCCAGGGUCUGAUGGGUCAGUCUUGGAGACGCUUUUUGAGCGCAGGGCUUCAUCUGGUGCUAGAGUUGAGGACCUGGCCCUCAGAGAUGACAGUGAGACCCGGACUGCCAAGUUCAAGAGGAAAGACUGGAGUCUGAGCAAGUCCCAGGUCAUUUCGGAAAAGGCUGCAGACCCCGAUCUGAUGAGCCCAGCCAGAAAAACACAAAGGCCGAAGAGUCUCCAGCUAGUCGACAGCCGGUUAACACCCUUCCACAGCUCUUCACCACCUCAGGCCACCACUCCCUUGAGCCCGCCACCGCUUACUCCGAAAGCGACCAGGACCCUCAGCUCUCCAUCUUUGCAGACAGAUGGGCUGGUCACGUCUGUCCCACCUCCACCUCCUCCAAAAAGCAAGCCCUACGAGAGCAGCCAGCGGAACUCCACCGAGAUCGCACCCCCCCUGCCUGUCCGCAGAGAAGCCAAAGCCCCACCCCCACCACCUCCAAAGACCCGGAAGUCAAGCAUCCUCUCCUCUGAGCCUGGAUCCCAAUGAGAACUUUGCUCUCGCCCUAUAACUCUGAGUGCCUUGGACAGCCGUAGACCAAACCCCACGUCCUGGGAGCGCAUCCUCAGGACCCGGGUUCUCUGCCAGCUGCCUUUCCUGACAUGGGGUGUUUACCAGCUCAGAAUUGGGCUUGUUCUUCUGGAAGCUUUUUUUCAUGAAUGUCUGGGUCUGUGUGCAUCUGCUCCAGCCCACAUGCAUUUCACAACUGGCCAUGGCCCCUGACUGUCUUUCAGCCCCUGUUGCAGUCACUGGCACCUGCAGAGGUCCGGACCCAUUCUUGUGCAGCCCCAGUAACUGACUCCGGGAUGGACUCCGUCCUUUGCAUCUGAAAUGCUGCACUUGAGACUUCCCUCCUCAUCCUUAGCCCAUCCAGCCUCUUGGAAGAGAUGGAUCCCAAGUACAUUUGAGGAGCCCACAUGCGCCUUUCUUUCCUGUCUACUACAUCUCUUUCGAAGCAAAAAUGUGUAUUUAAUGGAGCUCAGCUGCUUUCUGGUAUGAAUAGCAGUUACCACUGAAAAAUGAUGGGACUUGAACUCAGCCACACUCCCACCCAAGGCCCGCACUGCCCCGAAGUCCCCGGCUAUGCGAGACCCAGGAGUCCACGGCUAACAGCGUUCUGUCCAGAUCCCAUUCGGAUGACUCAGCAGCCUCUGUCUGCAGCCUGAUUUUACCCUGGAGAAUACAGUGCAAUAUUUCCCAUUGAUUAUUUAUUCCUUUUGAUCAUGGAUUUAAUUGGAUUGCUUGCUAAUGGCAGUAAUGGCAGUACUCCUCUCAGAAGAGUAAGUGGAAUGUUUUGGAUGACCAAGUAUUGCAUAUUGUGAGUAACUGCAUGAAGUUAAAGAUGUUUUAAGCUAGAAGUACUUUAAAGGUCAUGGGGGAGAGGAUUUUUUUUUUUCUUUUAAAGGCCUCUGUUUUGUAGAUAAGGAAAUAGAGGCUGCACAGGGAAAGUAGUAGUACAGAUUCUUACUAAAAGCUCGACUUGCUAACUUGGGCUGCACCCAGGUAACACAUAGAAGACAUCUCUGACAGCCCCUUUAAUGCUGGCCCUAGUUGAAACAACACUGGGAAAGCCCUGGGUAUCUCUAUACUGCUUAGGUGUUGAUGGCCAAGGUCCGAGUAGGGGCCUCCAGCAGUCUCCCUGCCCCCGCCCGAGGUCAGGAGAACAGAGGUUUCAGCUUUGAGGCUCUGCGCCUGCCUUCCUGCCUGCGUGCCUUGCUUCUCCCCCACCUUGUUAGGAGCCACACACCAGUUCAUCCGAAGAGUGGAGGAGGCGAGAACCCCCGAGCCAGGCCCCGCACAGCGCUCCUAGAAGGAGUAUUCAGAAGUGGCCCUAGAAUCCUUACUUUUUUGCUCCAGCCAGGAAAACCUACAGUGUGAUAGGCGGGGGAGUGUCACACAGAAACCUUGAUUCCUGCUUCUAAUUAAACCCGUUUGGCUUCAAAUCCCAGCCACGUCACCUAUUAACUUUGCAACUGCUCUCGAAGCAUCCUCUUAAGUUCUCUGAGCUUUCCUUCUCUCACUUUUUCAAAAUGGGGCCAGUCAGUACCUUGCAUUCGGCCGUUGUGGUGUCCCCUGGGACGGGCUGUGUGAACCAGGAGCCCUCACACUGCCGCCCUUUCCUUCUCUGCUAGGCCUGAGUGAGAUCCAGAGCUCUCUAAGGCCGCUGCCAAUGCUCUUUUUACUUUUUACUUCAGGUGAUUUGGGAUGUGAGUAGGGGUUAGUUCUGGACGUACAGUUCUCCUCGAAUACACUUUUACACAGUUAUUUAUAACAGAGAGAGUGCUAAUAGGAAUUGGAGAGGAUUUUAAGUGGAAGGAAUUAAGCCCUGCAGAGAAAGAUUAAGAAGGUCUCCCUGGUGCCCAGGACUACUUCUGAAAAGUCACUUAACAGGCUGCCCAGAGGGAUUUAUCUCACCCUACUUGUCAGACUGUCAUUACAAUAGAAAAGUAGAAAUUCAACAAAGAAAAAUCCCAAACCUCCCGCCUGUGGUCCCAGCACAGUGUAAGCGAGUAGUCUGGCCUGAGAUGGCAGGAGAUGGGGAGUGAAGGCCGUAGGUGCCUGGCUGUAUUCCUUUUGCAAUAGAAUAUAUUUUUUCUAUGGUUCCCUUAACACAUUAAUGAAAAUAAUAGCUGUCAACAGUCUGAACAUAAGAAACUCCAGGUAGUGUUUUGGGUAAUAGAUUACAGAGGACACGGAGAGAUUCAUGUCACUGGGAGGUGGUACUGUGGGAAUCACGCUUGAUACAAAUCUGUAUAGAAUAUCUGUCCUGAAGCCAAGAGGAGCCUGCCAAGAAGCUUGUUAUGGUCCCAUUAGAUAUAGUAGAUGAUGAGAAGGAGGAAGAAAAGGGUUUGUAUUUUCCUUGCUGAAGUCUCUGGAAUAUUGAAAGACAUUGAAAUUAUCUCCCAGAUUGCUAGAUCCUUUGUGAAUAUUGGUUUCUGGUUGGUUGGUUUGUGGUGGUGGUUUAUUCUUCUUUACUUUUCUUCCCUCCCUCCCUGUGACCUGAUGACUUGUCUGUCUUUGGGAUAUUUUUUCAAUUCUUCCAUUGAACACAUAGAUGAAGUUCUUACUGGAGGUUAAGUACCAGACCUCGUACUAGCCCUUCAGGACGUGGUGGGGGCAUAGCGCGAGAAGCCCAGCGUUCAAAGACACCGCUGUACUAAGAGAUUGCGGAGGUAGGGCCGUAGAUGACAGUGACUCCAGAGUCAGUCAUUUCCUCCACAGGGAGAUCCACCAAUGCCACAGCCACACUGCCUGUCCAUCAGAUAAAGCAGGCAGUGGGUAGGCUUGAGAUAACCUGCAUUUGCUGGCUCUUCCCCAAAUGCAAGUGUCUUUCCCCUCUAGGUGCCUCCAGAUAGGGUGUGGCUUAUUUUAAAAUCCAGACAGAAUUUAUAUCAAGGGCUCAUACUGUGGGAGUGCAUGUGGGUGGAUCUUCAGUUUGUGGACACCUGUGUCACCACCUCUCAGACAGAGACAGCUUUUUCCAGCAGCACAGAAGGUGCCCAUGUGACCAUGGCACUGUUGCGUGAAAGCGUUUAGGAAGUCCUUCCAAGUCUGUGCCUUCCUCCCUGAUGCUUCUCAGGUAUUGCGAACAGGGGAGAAAAAAAUGCUACCACCAACACAACUUAAGUCUAUAAAGAUUUUGUAACAAGUAACUUCUUCAGCCCCCUGGGAACCGGUUUCCUUAACCUUGCUGCAUGAUUAUUUCUUUAAUUCCUUCACUCCUUGCUGCUUGUAAGCAAACCAAAAGAAAAGGCGAGUCAGAAAGAAAACUGUACAAGGGCUUUCAGUUUGUGAACUGGAAUCUCCAUUUUUUAAAUCCCAGAUUGGUGCUCUGAGCCUCCUGUACCUUGACGAUUAAGAUCAGAAAAUUUGUGAAUGUAUAAUAAUGAACCUAGCACGUUUUUUUUUUACAAUCUUGACACAAAUUACUGUAAUUGUCUGCAGCAGCCUAUAAACAGUGGCAUUUGGACUACAGCGUCCUCAGCUUUCACCAGCCGGGCCCACUGUGCUUAGACUUCCAGUCUAGGCAUUCUGAUAACCACACCUUCCUUCCCUGUGUGACUUGGGAAGAUCAGACUGAUGUCUUCCUUGGAAACUCCCUUCUGCUAAAAGUCUGUUGUUUAAAAUUAGAAACAGUGGUGCCUCUCAGGGGGGCCCAGAGUUGCGCUAUCAAUUUUAGUCUCUGGAAGGAACAAGUCUUCCCACAGGGUAAAGGCCCGGUGCUGGUCCCUCAGAGCCUCCCAGAGCCCUUCUGUCACACAACCUACUCAGUCAUCUCUUGGAAGAUGAAUGACUCGCUCAUCCAGCCUUUGUCCAAAAAUGCCUUGAUUUUGUAACUAGUUGGAUUUCAAACAUGGACAGUUAGGAAGAUGUGCAUUGAAGUAGAAGAGUUUUAUUCAGAUUUGCUGUUAUUUAUUGUUUAAAUUAAAAACGGAACUGUGUUUUAAAAUCUACUAUGUGUUUAGUUUGUUAUUCCUGUUAUAUUAGUGAACUAUGAACCUUAGAAUUCUGCCUCACUGAUAGCUCCCUCAAGACCUGUCACACCCAGGGGCCCUCCGGCUCACUUCAUUUCCCGUCUUGCUGGUUGAAACUUGCACCGUGGGGGCCUGAGUGCUCACCUUUGCCUGCAAAGCCCUUGGCUCUCUCUCCCCUCCUGUCAGUCUUGCCUUGGGUGUCUGAGCUUGCAGCUUUCUGAGAACAGCUUAUUUAAUGGAUGCGCUCUAUUUCUUUCCUCACUCACUGUAACUCUUUAGGCUGAGAUAAGAAAGAUAUAAGAAGUUAGUAUCUAAUAAUAUAGAGGGAACAGGAGCUGGUCCCAACCUAGGUUGACAUUAAUGUCACCUGGGGAGAGAGCACAUCCUAAGCUCGUCCUAUCAUAAGUUCUAAAAGGACAGUAUUGCCAAAUAUCAUAGUUCUUGCACACCCCCUCCUUUAUUUCAAUGUUAGGCCAAAGCUGAGAAAUCACUACCUUGGAGAAAGCUCAGCUUUGGAAAAUUUACUUUUAUUUUUCUAGUACCAGGGAUUGAACCCAGGACCUUGCGCUUGUCAGGCAGGUACUAAUGUCACUGAGCUAUCUCCUUGGCCCCAACAACUUUGGAAAAUUGGUAGCAUCAGUGUGUUUAGUAGAAUCCCUGAUGGAAUGGGUCAGGUUGGAGGAGGGUGGUGUCUGUCUGUGUUCACAGCGUUGCCGUGGCCCAGGCUUCUGUGCAAGUGUGUGUGUGGCGGGGGGGUUGAACAGAGUGUCCUGGUGUGUUAAUUCAUCUGCAAGGUAUUAGCUUUUAGAAGCAAUAAUUGUGUGUGUGUGUGUGUGUGUGUGUGUGUGUGUGUGUGGCGCCCAAACAACUGGUUAACUGAAAGUGACUUGGGCCCUGAAUGAAUCCAUAUCAUAGGCCUGGGGAACCUUCUGGGGUCCAGGAUCCCCCUUGAGCAGCUCUCCCUCAGAGCUGCUUCCUGUGUCAGGGUCUCUAAGUGCUGAGCUCAGGCAGGGCUUCUCAGUUUUUCUCUAGACUCCUCCUAGGAUGCUGAAACUUUUGCUGAGAUGAUGUUUUCAAGCCAUUCUUUGUGCUGCAGGAUCACGUAAAGCCGUCCCCACUGAAGAACUGAUCUCAUGGAAUGCAUCAGUUGAUGUGUUUCCCUGUCCUUUACCUUCAGAGCCUGCACGCUCCUCCUCUCUCCCCAUUUUGGUCACAAUGCCAAGUGAGUUUAGAUUCAGGGAAGUGUUUAACUUCUUAGUAAAGGCCCCCUUUUCUCUGAUCGCCUUCUCCUUGGUUGUUGGGGUCACCUGGAAAUCAAGUAUGCCCCCCACACUUACCUGUGUAAGUUACAAACCAUCAGAUGCCGUAACAAGCCUGUGCCAGGCAUUAGGGUGCCUGCUGAGCAACUUCUCAAUCCAAUUCGGGGAAGCCUGGCUCCAAGGCAAUUGCUGCAGAUGCAGGGCCUGACCUGAUGCUCCAAGAGGGAUGUGUAAAUUAAGUGGAUGUGUUGUCUUCCUAAAAAUAUGUUCAUUAAUGUAAAGACUGUAAAUUAUAUUGUUUUUAUAAAAAUAAAUGAUUACUGAGUGGCAAAUGAAA